AUGAAACCGCCUCUCGCGUGCAAGAACUGCCGAGCCCGCAAGAAGAAAUGCGACCGCGCCUACCCCGUCUGCUCUUAUUGUCUGCGGAUGCGCAAUCGCUGCGAAUACCGCAUCGACGGGCACCCUGACCGGCCGACUCGGCCGGUGGUAGCCCUAGUGCCCCCAGCCAACGGGACCGAUGGCACCCAGCGCGUGCGCUACAACGCCGCUAUGUUCCUGGGCUAUCCACGCCAGUCUCUCCCUCGCCCUCCUGCGUGGCCGAGCACGGCUGUCGGGCCGGAAGUGCUGGACUAUGUGUUUGGCAGUGGGAUCGAGGAGCGGCGGUGGCUGAUUGCAGAGUUUAUACGGACGGUUGAUCCGUGGGUUCCGUUUAUCCCGCUCCAGGAGCUCCAGACGAGGCUUCUGGGUGAGAAGGGCCAGAUGGCUGGGGAGGAUGUGCUUCUGCUGGCGUGCAUCCGACUGAAUACGGAGCCCGUGCCUGGCGGCCAGCCGGUGAACCGGGCUUAUUUGGCUGUGAAGUCGAAUUUUGUGAGCGCGGAGAUCUAUUGGACGCUGUCUAUUCGGCUUUUACAGGCGCUGCUGUUGCUGCUGAUUUAUGAGCAUGGGCAUGGGGUGUACCCCUCGGCUUAUACGACGCUGGGGAGCUGUGCUCGGUAUCUUGCGGCGCUGGAUAUCAACACGGGGUCCGAACAGGAGUAUUCGCGAGAUUGGAUGAGUGGAGAGGUGCGGAGGCGGCUUUGGUGGUUCGUAUAUGUGAUGGAUCGGAGCCCAGCGAGGAUGAGAUGCUCCCUUUCGGACGACCUCUCCUGGAAGCAAGAGCAUCCACUACAGUGCUCGUAUCUAACACUCCUCUCCCCCGCCAGUUCCAAUAUGGGCACAUUUCGACUCCUUGUCCACGCAGCGUUCCUCGUCGGCCGCGUCGUCCAACUCCUGUCAGACCGCCAUGCAGGCCACGAAGUCCUGCCCUCAAGACGAACACAGCUGUACCGCACGAUCAAGGCGUUGGCCAACGUGCUCGAAGUCGAACUGCAAACGACCCUCGUCUCGGUGAGUGUUGCGCGUAGCACUCUCAAUAGUGCGAUUUUCAUGCUUUAUUCCUAUGACGAUCCAAGGGAUGCUGAGUAUAGAAAUGUGUACGACCUGGCGCAUCCCAUGAGUAUUUCGGCCCAUACUUGUCGCGACCUGACGGAGAUCUAUCUCAGUGGGGAUUUGACCAGUGCGCAGAGAGCAUCCCCGUUUCUCUUAGCGUGGGGAUUCCGGGUUUUGAAGUAUUUCUACGAUCGGUAUCAACUUGAUGGCCACCAUGAGAGCCUGGAGGCGUUGAAUAUCAUGAGGAAAGGCAUGGAAGCCCUUGGGAAUAAGUGGAAACUUGCUGAGGUUUAUGCUGUGCUUCUGAAUGUGGAGCAAGGAUGUCCUGCACCGGAUGAUGCAAUAACUGCAGAGCUAACGAAGUCAUGA